AUGGUCAGUGCAGCGCUGGGCCCACGCGAAAGGAUCGAGUUCAGGAGAGAGUAUUUCUGCCCUUCGUGCGGAGAAGACGCCAUGUGGAGCCUAGAUAUGAACAUGAGGGCGAAGGAGGAAGAGGAAAAGUGUCUGCGGCUCGCGAGGGAGCAGCGGGAACAUCGGGACAAGAUGGCCGAGGAGUUUGCGAGCGCAGAGGAAGAAGUAAAGAACGCGGAGGAACGUUAUAAACGCACUUUGAGGUAUUUCUGCCCUUCGUGCGGAGAAGACGCCAUGUGGAGCCUAGAUAUGAACAUGAGGGCGAAGGAGGAAGAGGAAAAGUGUCUGCGGCUCGCGAGGGAGCAGCGGGAACAUCGGGACAAGAUGGCCGAGGAGUUUGCGAGCGCAGAGGAAGAAGUAAAGAACGCGGAGGAACGUUAUAAACGCACUUUGAGGGAGCACCUAGCUCUCCUGGAGGAGUUUUCCAGAGUCUGCUUGGGGCUCUACGCAGGAAGGCGCCCACGCGUGGAAAAGGCUCACGAGUAG